AUAGAUGAAUGAGAAAACAAAAAACCCUCUGAAAUUAGAUUUUUUUUUUUACGCUUUGUGUCAUUUUAACUUAUAUAAUUUUCAGAAGUUGAGAAUUUUCCCGAUAAAGAACGUCUCAACUUUGCAGGAAUAUGAAUGUUCGUCGGAUUUUUGCAUUUUAACAUGGAGCAGUCGGCUACUCUCGACAUAGAGACACUAAAGAUCACCCAGGAGCAGUUCCUUCUUGCAUCUCAGUCUCUCCACCUCCAGCGAUCAAGCUGCAGUGCCUAUCCAGGUGGUUCAUACGGCUGGAGGAAAAGAUGCCUUUAUUUUUUCCUGCUGCUUUUGGUGGUCACCAUGAUUGUUAAUCUGGCUCUCACUGUCUGGAUCAUAAAGGUUAUGAAUUUCUCUGUGGAUGGAAUGGGAACCCUUAUGUUGAAUGAAGAUGGCAUUCAACUGCGAGGAAUCUCAGAGUUUCUCUUUCCUCUUUAUGUGAAUGACGUCCAGUCACAAUGGGACGGCUUGUUGGCUUUGCGGUCAGAUAAAAAUGUGACUCUGAAUGCGCGGAAUGACCAAGACCAAGUGACCAGCCAGCUCACAGUGGGACCCGAGGGGGUGGAUGCCAUGUGUAAGAGGUUAGAGGUGAGGAGCAGUGAUGGAGAGAAACUGCUGUUCACUGCAGAUGAGGAGGGUCUUGUGAUCACAACAGAGAGAGUCACUGUUACAGGGUCGGAUGGAGCUGUGUUUGAGCGCUCAGUGGAAACGCCACUGAUCCAUGCAAGAAUGUUGGAAGACCUCAGGCUCGAGUCUCCAACACGCAGCCUGAGCAUGGAGGCUCCUAAAGGUGUGGAGGUGAGCGCAGCCAAUGGUUUCCUGAAGGUCUUCAGUCAGAAAGAUCUUCAGCUGGAGUCUACAGAGGGAGAGAUAUUUUUAAAUGCCGCCACCAUCCAGUUGGCUAAGCUCCCUCUGGGUGACUACAGGCCUUCCUCCAGUGCAGCCUCCCAGGACCCGCUCAUCUAUGAGCUCUGCGUAUGUCCCAGUGGUAAAGUCUACCUUGCCCCUGCACAGAGCAGCUCCACGUGCCAAGCCAUGAGCAGUAUCUGCCUCUGGAGCUGACCUCCCACCAGCACUGCUACUCAAAACCCACCAUCACAUCUGACACUGACUCAGGUCUAGUGUGUACUAUGCAGACUGAAACCAGUAAAUGCCACAGAUGUUCUUCCACUGCACUGGGAUUUGGUCUACAUGUCUGGGUCCUUUUGCACUUGUUGGCCCAAGAAAACAUUGAUCUUUCACAUGACUAGUGAGGGACACAGUGUACUCCAGGAGCUACGAUUACCUAGUGUACCAGCAACUGCUCAAGAGCUGAUGAGGGAGGCAGGUCAAAGUAAGACAAGAGUUGUGAGCUGCCUCAGGAACGUCACCAGAUUUGAAUAUAUGAGUGUGUGAGGGUGAAGGGUGUCACACUGACAACCUGCAUUUGGGACUCCUGCUGGCCAACCUUCAGUGGCCCACAAUAAAUGCAGGGGGACAUAUCAAAUGUACCAGCUCUUCCAAUGUGCAACAUAGAAAACAGUAGCAUGGCCUCAUCGAGGAUCAUUUUUCACUGUCACGAUCAGCCUUGCUCUCUUGUUCUGUCUCUAGGGUGCAAGGAUGCAAAUAUCCAUGUCACCCUGUUCCAGUGAGAGUACCAACAAACAAAGGACUUCACUCACUCCUAAAUAGCGCCAUCCUCAGUGGUUUCGCUACCAGGUUGCAUUUACUUCACCUCCUCAUCAGCUCCACGUGUCCCAUGUCGUAGUGCGUCUGUCUAUUAAAACCAUAAGUUGAGCAUGACCAGUGAUGAUGACUAAGCUUGGCGGGCUUUCACUGAAGAUGACAACGGAAGGCUGGAUAAGUGAUGCUCGGCUGACAUCAGGGAGAAACCAGCCAGGCUGACCGGUGCGCUUUAUCAGACAAGGUGCUCAAGUCUUCCAGCUGUAUUCCUCUGUGACACACUUCUUGUUUUUCUACUUCUUCUGUGCUUUUCUAUCGAUGCUCAUGCUGGCCCUCCUCAUCCAUAUGAGUCUGUAGGAAACUCGCUGUGGGCCAGAGUCUAGAUG